AUGGAGGAGAGAACGUUGCUCUCACUGAUGGUCUUCUCCUCACUCGUAGUAAUAGCAGAGACUAUUGCUCAAAAGCAUGCUAUCGAAAUCUACAGCCUCCACGUGGACAGCAAGGUCACGUCGCGGUUUGCUCACACCGUCAUCACCAGCAAAAUUGUCAACCGAGCUAAUGAGUCGAGAGAGGCGACCUUUGAAGUUGAGCUACCCAAGACAGCCUUCAUCACCAACUUCUCCAUGUCCAUUGAUGGCAAAGUAUACCCUGGAAUAAUAAAGGAGAAAGCUUCUGCUCAAAAGGAAUAUGACACUGCGGUCUCGCACGGGCAGAGCGCCGGCCUCAUCAAAAUCACGGGCAGAAAACUGGAGCAGUUCCACGUGUCCGUCAGCAUCGCGGCCGCCAGCAAAGUCACUUUUGAGCUGAUGUACGAGGAGCUGUUGAAGCGGCAGCUGGGGAAGUUCGAGCUGCUGAUGAAGGUCCAACCGAAGCAGCUUGUUAAGCACUUCCAGAUUGAUGUGCACAUCUUUGAGCCCCAAGGCAUACGCUUCUUGGAGACAGAUAGCACCUUCAUGACAAACGAGUUAACUCAGGCGCUCACCAAAGUGCAGAACGAAACCAAGGCUCAUAUUCUGUUUAAGCCAAGUGUGGAUCAACAGAAGAUAAACCCUGAACACGACGAAACCCUCCUCAAUGGUGAUUUUGUUGUGCGUUACGAUGUUAAGAGAGGUGCCACGGCAGGUGAUCUGCAGAUCGUCAAUGGGUAUUUUGUGCAUUACUUUGCACCCCGUGAAAUGCCAGUGUUUCCCAAAAAUGUCAUCUUCGUUAUAGAUCGAAGUGGCUCCAUGGCGGGCAGAAAAAUCGAACAGACGAAGGCUGCCCUGUCGAAGGUUUUGCAAGACCUCCGCCCAGAAGAUCAUUUCAGCUUCAUCACCUUCAACAGCAAAGUGGCCAAGUGGAAGAGCUCCUUGCUGCAAGCCACUGCGGAGAACGUGGCGAAUGCUGCAGGAUUUGUCCAAACUCUUUCUGCCAGUGGAGGCACGGAUAUCAAUCGUGCCCUGCUGACUGCCGUGAGUGAGCUGGAUGAAGCCGAGAACCUGCCAGACCGGAGCGUCUCCAUGAUUAUUUUGCUGACAGAUGGCCAGCCCACUUCUGGUGAGAGAAAUGUAGAAGUAAUUCAGGAAAACAUUCAGAAAGCAGUCAAUGGGAAAUAUGCUCUCUUCUGCCUUGGCUUCGGGUUCGAUGUCAGCUUUAAGUUCCUGGAGAAAAUGGCCCUAAGCAAUGGGGGAAUAGCCCGUCGUAUUUAUGAAAAUGCUGAUGCACCCUUGCAGCUCCAGGGCUUUUACCAAGAGGUGGCUACCCCAAUAUUAAUGAAAAUUGAAAUGCAGUAUCCAGAAAAUGCCAUUGAGGGAUUAACCAAGAACAAUUUCAAGCUGUUUUUUGAAGGAUCUGAAAUUGUAGUAUCUGGAAAAAUCAGCAACGAGCUUGACAUUUUGCCAGUAGAAAUUAAAGCUCAGUCACACGGUAGUGACCUGACUCUUAAAGAAGAAGCGAAUGUGGAAGAGAAGGAGAAAGUAUUUCACAAUCAAAGUUACAUCUUUGGAAAUUUCAUAGAGAGGCUGUGGGCUUACUUAACCAUUCAACAGCUUCUGGAAAAAUCUAUUUCAGCACAAGAGGAGGACCAGAAAACCCUGGAGGCACAAGCCUUAGCGCUGUCUCUGCGGUACAGCUUCGUUACACCCCUUACUUCCAUGGUGGUCACCAAACCCGCUGGCCAGCAGCAGACGGAGCUGGCGAACAAACCCACUGAAACCGGUAAAUGGGGCAUCGAGCAGCGCCCCCAAAAUCUGCUGCUGUCACUGACGGUUUGUUGUCGACAUAAUGAGAAGCCCAGCAUUUUUACGGGAAGAGUCAACGAAUAUCCGCAGCUUCUCUUGCAACUACCCAAACAAAAUGAAAGGAUCUGUUUAAAUACUGAUGGAAAAGCACAGCCCUCUGUCCACCUGCUGUCAGAUCCAGAGCAAGGACUCACUGUGACGGGGAAACUUGGAGAUGGAAUAAAUCACUUUGUGCAGUUCGACAUUGACUAUGUGAAUCCCCCUGCACGAAUCCACGUCUCCACGGAUGAGAUCGUCCUAAGCCACAAUAAUGAGAGCACUCGGCUGCCAUGGACAGAGUCAGCCACCUCCACCGUCCAGGGGCUGACAGUCUCGGUGGAAAAGGAAAGGAGCGUUACAGCAUCACUGUCUGACAGAGUCACAGUGAAAAUUUCCUUUGUGAAGUUUCCGGGUGCUUUCCUUGGGCUGUAUUUCUUGAACACCGACUGGUUUUCUGACAGAGUCAGCGGAGUUCUGGGUCAAUUUUAUUCAAAAGUGCAAUUGGAGAGUCGUUCCAGUCAGGGAGCUGACGAGAGACUGCUCAGCGUGUCUGGAUCCCAACACAGAGUUACCAGGCAAUACAAGAAAGAUUACAGGCUUGAGUCAACCAGUGAUCCUGCUCCCUGCUGGUCAAUAGCUAUAACUCCCUAG